UCUUCCCUCCCAAAUAACCAUGUACUAACUCUUGUCUCCCAAAAUAUGCCCCUCUCUCCCCGGCUCAGCUCGGUUCAACCUAACGCCUCCACUAACUGCCGAAAUCCUUAUAUCCGCCCUGAGAACAGUAAACCUAUGGGACCAUAUAUCAGGGACGAGGGCGGUCUCGACAUCAACGAAAGUACGGGCCAACAGCAGCUAUUCGAUUUUGCGAGGGCGCUGGUACAGAAGGAUCAGGUUGAGAGGUGGUUUGAAGUCAAUGCUUAUGGGGGGAUUUUGGUGUUUGAUGAGACGGGUAGGGGUGUUGGCGUGGAGGUUCUUUUGCUUAAGGUAAGAUUUUUGGGGGGGCGGAAUUAGGGGCUGUGGGUGGAUGAGAAUCGUAAGGUUAGGGGGAUUGGAUUAGAACUCUGGAGGUAGGGUAGGAUAUUACCGGUAUGGUUGCUUCGGUGUUGACGGUGGUGAAGAUCUGUGCAUUGUGAGUUAGGGUUUGGUUUAUGUAUGAAUACAGGUUGUCCUUGUAGAGAUAGAUUGCUAAAGAUGAC